AUGAGUACGAUGCUAGACACCGCCAUUUUUCUGGGGAAAUUUCUGUAUUACUUUUUAGAAUCUGUAGCUUUCAAGAUAAUUCCCAGAAAAAAAAAGGAUGUUGCUGGUGAGAUUGUACUUAUAACAGGAGCUGGAAGUGGACUUGGGAGGCUCUUAGCCCUACAUUUUGCCCGCACCGGGGCCAUUUUAGUACUCUGGGACAUUAAUCAAGAGAGCAAUAUGGAAACCCGUAGACUGGCCAAAGAAAAGAGUGGUGUGAAAGUCUUUGCCUAUAAAUGUGACUGUAGCAACAGGCAAGAGGUCUACAGCGUCGCUGAUCAGGUUAAAAAAGAAGUUGGUGAUGUGACCAUCCUCAUUAACAAUGCGGGCGUUGUAACAGGGAAGCCCUUUUUGGAUAUUCCAGAUCACAUGCUGGAAAGAUCAUUUUAUGUCAAUGCCAUCUCUCAUUUCUGGAUUUGUAAGGCCUUCUUUCCUACAAUGCUUCAAGCUAAUCAUGGUCACUUGGUUUGUAUUUCAAGUAUAGCUGGAAUGGUCGGUACUAGUGGACUAUCAGAUUAUUCUGCAAGUAAAUUCGCAGCCUUUGGCUUUGCCGAGUCUCUCUUCCUUGAACAUAGUAUGUCAAGGAAAACUAACAUUAAAUUCACCUUAGUUUGUCCCUAUUUUAUCAAAACUGGAAUGUUUGAGGGCUGCACAACCAAGUAUCCAUUUCUAUUACCUCUACUGGAGCAGGAGUAUGUGGCCCAAAAAAUUUUCAAUGCUAUUUUAGAGGAACAAGUUUACCUCCUAAUUCCCAAAUUUGCAUACUUUGCAAUUGUCCUUAAGCAUCUAAUAUCUCCAAAAAUGUUGAUCGUCCUUGGGGAGUACCUUGGAGCAGAUACUUGCAUGGAUUCUUUCAAAGGGAGAAUGGAAGCAAAUAAACCUCAGGAAGAAGCGGAGAGAAAAUGCCAGUAA